GUUUGUUUGGUCCUCGCUGAGGCCUUCCUGGUGCUAGCAGCGGGCGAGGCAGGGGGAUUUGGGGCCGGUCUCGAGGGUGGAGGGGCACCUGGGCCACUGCGGGAGCCCCACCGCCGUCCCCGGGAAGCCGGACGCGGACACUCGAAGCUGGCGCGUGCGGUGUUGAGCUCGUUCACCCGGCGCCUGCAGGGCUUUCCUGAGGAUGGUCUGGCAGCGUGGUGGGUGUGCGGAACCCCCAGUUCACCCUCUCCUGACUGAAGAAUUGGUUUAGGGACAUCUGACAGGUGCAGCUGCCUCACUUGUGGUAUCAGAUGUUAGAACAUGGGGCUCACCAGGCAGUACCUACGCUAUGUUGCCAGUGCAGUCUUUGGCCUUAUUGGCAGCCAGAAGGGUAAUAUUGUCUUUGUGACACUUCGUGGUGAAAAAGGACGCUAUGUGGCAGUACCAGCCUGUGAACAUGUUUUCAUCUGGGACUUAAGGAAAGGAGAGAAGAUUCUCAUCCUUCAGGGGCUUAAACACGAAGUCACUUUCUUGUGCCCCUCCCCAGAUGGGCUGCACUUAGCUGUUGGUUAUGAGCAUGGGUCUAUCCGAAUCUUCAGUCUUCUGAGUGGGGAAGGAAAUGUGACCUUCAAUGGACACAAAGCAGCAAUCACUUCCUUGAAGUAUGAUCAGCUAGGAGGCAGGCUGGCAUCUGGGUCCAAGGACACAGAUAUUAUCGUGUGGGAUGUGAUCAAUGAAAGUGGCCUCUACCGUCUAAAGGGGCACAAGGACGCUGUUACACAAGCAUUGUUUCUACGAGACAGGAAUCUGCUAGUUACUAGUGGGAAAGAUACCAUGGUGAAAUGGUGGGACCUUGAUACCCAGCACUGCUUCAAAACAAUGGUUGGCCACCGAACUGAGGUGUGGGGGUUGGUUCUGGUGUCAGAAGAAAAGCGACUCAUCACUGGGGCUUCUGACAGUGAGCUGAGGGCUUGGGACAUAGCUUACCUGCAAGAGAUCGAAGACCCAGAAGAACCAGAGCCCAAGAAAGUCAAAGGGUCUUCCCCUGGAAUACGGGACACACAUGAAGCAGAGGAUGGUACCCUUGAGAUGGAUGAAGCUCCUGAGGAUCGCAUCCUUACAUGUAGAAAAGCUGGUUCCAUAAUGCGGGAAGGAAGGGACAGAGUUGUGAACCUUGCAGUCGACAGGACAGGCAGGAUUCUUGCUUGCCAUGGGACUGAUUCUGUGCUAGAAGUGUUUCGUAUCCUUUCCAAGGAGGAAAUUCAGAAGAAAAUAGACAAGAAGAUGAAGAAAGCUAAAAAGAAAGCAAAAUUAAAUUCUUGCAAAGAGGAGGAGGAAGACCUUGAAGUCAAUGUUGAAAUGACUCUGCAAGAUGAAAUCCAACGGGUGACUAAUAUCAAAACUUCUGCCAAAAUCAAAUCCUUUGACUUGAUUCAUACUCCUCAAGGAGAGUUAAAGGCUGUCUUCCUGCUGCAAAACAACUUGGUGGAAUUAUAUUCACUGAAUGCAUCCAUGUCAGCUCCUCAGACUGUCAGGACAAACAGAAUUACCAUCGGGGGUCAUCGCAGUGAUGUGCGGACUUUGUCAUUCAGCUCAGACAAUAUCGCUGUCCUUUCAGCAGCAGCUGAUUCCAUUAAGAUAUGGAACAGGUCUACACUGCAGUGUAUUCGCACGAUGACCUGCGAAUAUGCACUUUGCUCAUUCUUUGUACCUGGUGAUCGGCAGGUGGUCAUAGGAACAAAGACAGGAAAGCUGCAGCUUUAUGACUUGGCCUCAGGAAAUCUGCUGGAGACAGUAGAUGCACAUGAUGGAGCUUUAUGGUCCUUGUCUCUCUCUCCAGAUCAGCGUGGCUUUGUGACAGGUGGUGCAGAUAAAUCUGUCAAGUUCUGGGAUUUUGAGUUGGUGAAAGAUGAAAAGAGUACCCAGAAGAGGCUUUCUGUGAAGCAAACCCGAACCUUGCAACUAGAUGAAGAAGUUCUGUGUGUCAGUUACUCUCCCAAUCAAAAGCUGUUGGCUGUGUCUUUGCUGGACUGUACUGUGAAAAUUUUCUAUGUUGAUACUUUAAAGUUUUUUCUCUCACUGUAUGGACACAAACUGCCUGUCAUAUGCAUGGACAUCUCUUAUGAUGGAGCUCUGAUAGCAACUGGCUCUGCUGACAGGAAUGUGAAGAUCUGGGGUCUGGACUUUGGGGACUGCCACAGGUCUCUCUUUGCACAUGAUGACAGUGUGAUGUACCUGAAGUUUGUACCCAAGUCUCACCUCUUCUUCACUGCUGGGAAAGACCAUAAGAUUAAGCAGUGGGAUGCAGACAAAUUUGAACACAUACAAACUCUGGAGGGCCAUCACCAGGAAAUAUGGUGCUUGGCUGUAAGCCCCAGUGGGGACUAUAUUGUAUCAUCGUCCCAUGACAAAUCUCUGAGACUUUGGGAGAGAACAAGGGAGCCUCUUAUUCUUGAGGAAGAAAGGGAGAUGCAAAGGGAAGCAGAAUAUGAGGAGAGUGUGGCCAAAGAAGACCAACCAGUAGUUCCGGGAGAGACUCAAGGUGACAGUUACUUUACUGGAAAGAAAACUAUUGAAACGGUCAAAGCAGCUGAGAGGAUCAUGGAGGCUAUUGAGCUAUACCGAGAAGAAACUGCAAAAAUGAGAGAACACAAAGCCAUUUGUAAAGCUGCAGGGAAAGAGGUUCCUCUUCCCAUCAACCCCAUCCUGAUGGCGUAUGGCAGUAUCUCUCCUUCAGCUUACGUGUUGGAGAUUUUUAAAGGAAUCAAGUCAAGUGAGCUGGAAGAAUCUCUGCUUGUGCUGCCUUUCUCUUACGUCCCAGACAUUCUUAAGCUCUUUAAUGAAUUCAUCCAGCUGGGCUCUGAUGUUGAACUUCUAUGUAGGUGCCUCUUCUUUCUCCUCAGGAUUCACUUUGGCCAGAUCACUAGCAACCAAAUGCUUGUGCCAGUGAUUGAAAAAUUAAAGGAAACAACUAUUUCAAAAGUCAGCCAAGUCCGGGAUGUUAUCGGCUUCAACAUGGCAGGUCUUGAUUAUCUCAAGAGGGAAUGUGAGGCAAAAAGUGAAGUUAUGUUUUUUGCUGAUGCUACCAGCCACUUGGAAGAAAAGAAGAGGAAAAAGAAAAAGAGGGAGAAACUGAUUUUAACAUUGACUUAGAACUGAAAUGUGGUGCCUUUUUCAACUUUUUUUUGAAAAGGACUUCCAAACUAAGCAGCAGUAGAGUUGGUGUAAUCUUUGAAAUAAAUAAGAGGUUAUCAUGUUGCAAAAGAAAGAUCAUAGGAUGUGUUUCCUAACUUUGCCUGAGGGAAUUCCAACAUAGCAGUAUUGGCUCCAUUUCUUGGACUGAAACACAGACUAGUUUAAAAUCUGUGCUCUGAAUGGCAAGCCCUGCAGGAGUUGUUCCCUUUAUAUUCUAGCAGGAAGCAAAGAACUUUUUUAAAAUUAAGCAUUUGUUUCACUAGAGUUGAAAUUAACAUUUCAGAAGUUUUCCUUAUUUCUUUUAUGUCAGAAGAUUUGUUGGGUAAUUUGUUGCCUCUCUGUAUUAGGUUUUACUGCCUGCUGAGACAAUCAGGUAUGUAACUGAUUGCCCUCUGCCCAUAAAUGCAGAGUCUUGGACUUACAGAGCUGAAAGGGACCAUAAAAGUUAUCUAGAACAGCCUCUUUAAAUUUAACCUCUUGCAGGUUGUUUAAUCUGUGUAUAAAAAGCUCCUAAUUGCUGUUUAUACUUCUCUAAGUAGUUGUUUCUAAUUAAAGAGUAGUCAAGCAGAGAUGCCUUGCUGUGCUU